AACUUCCUGCGAGCGGAGAAGCGUGCCAGCCGCGCCGUGCCGAACCCCGUCUCUCCCGAAGGCGCGCAGACAGACGCGGUCUCACGUCGGUCCGCUCAUCUUUCAAGGAUAAGCUGCACGUUUUCAUUCGCGUAACCACGGCUUCAAAGGUGGACAACGUUUUUUCUUCUCUAUCCCUGCAUUUCUUCAAGAAAGAAAUGGAAGAGGGCUCCAGCUCCCCGGUCUCCCCUGUGGAUAGUCUGGUGACCAGCGAGGAGGAGCUGGACCGGCAGCAGAAGCGCUUCGGGAGGAAGAGGAGACACAGCAAGAAGUCCAGCGAGGACAGCAGCGGCAGCAGCCCGGGGCCGGUCAAGAGGGGGAAGAAGCCGAGCCCGAGCAGCAACCAGUCGUACGAGGAGCUGCAGAACCAGCGGGUCCUCGCCAACGUGCGGGAGAGGCAGCGGACUCAGUCUCUGAACGAGGCCUUCGCGUCUUUGCGCAAAAUCAUCCCCACGCUGCCGUCGGACAAACUCAGCAAGAUACAGACGCUGAAGCUGGCCUCCAGAUACAUAGACUUCCUCUGUCAGGUGCUGCAGAGCGACGAGAUGGACAGCAAGAUGUCCAGCUGCAGCUACGUAGCGCACGAGAGACUCAGUUACGCCUUCUCCGUGUGGAGGAUGGAGGGCGCUUGGUCCAUGUCAGCAUCUCACUAGCACGCAGAGAGCCUUCACUCACAAUGCCAAAGCGACUGUUUACUUCUGCAAAGACUGAAGAGCAAAUGGAUUAAUGAAGAACCCAUCGACCUCACGGGCACGGAGACGUAAUGUGACACACGCUCCUGGAGGAAUGUGUGUGUGUGUGUGUGUGUGGAUGCAGAUUCAUCACACUGCUUUUAGAGCUGACUGUGGCACACACACAGAGGGGGAAAAAAAGUGUGUUACAGCAAACAGCUCGGAUGUACGGCCUGUAUCACCAAAGCCAUCCUUUAAUCGUAAUGAAGGGAAUAUAUUUUGUUUUCAAAGACUUUAAACCAAAGUAUAAAUAUAAAUAAAUAUAUAUAGAGAGGUGAAUGCAUAUUGUACAUACUUGUACGCCUGUAGUCUGUAAAGGGACCAAUGCAAUUUCGAGUGUUUCGCUGCAUGGAUUCAUUUCACCGACUUUUUCCAGCCAAAAUCCGUCCAAUGUACUUUUUUUUUUUUUGUUCUGCUUAUUUAUUAAAACACGUAUUUUUUGAACGAAACAAGGCUCAUUUCUGAAAAUUUCAUAUGGAGACUCUAACAACAAAUGAACAAUGUUCAGCUGAAUGCUUUAAAGUAAAAAAAAAAAAAUCCAUAAAAAAGGUCGAGCUGAGCCAAUUAUUUGAAACAACCUUCAUGAAAAAAAAAUGCGUCUUGGCUUUUUCUCCUGCAUUUUUUUCUCACUGCUGGGUGUGAGAAGUCGCCCCCAAAGUCUUGUUAUGGAAAGAAAACGCCAACUCAAAGAGGGGAGGAAAAAAACAAAAAAAACAACAUACCAUAAAAAAAUACAGCUUCAUUAACAGUGGAGGAAAUUCGAGCCAAUUUUAAAGCGGGGGCCAUAUAAAAUGUUUGUCCGCUCAAAUAACGAGUAAUCGUUUCAAAUAGCGACGCCUCUGGGCUCUUUAACGAGCAGGGAGCCUCAACAGCCGCAGAUAAGGACAAGAACUGCGCACAACCGCCGCUUGAGAGCGGAGAAAUGCCUUUUAAUCGGCCCCUGCUCGCUUAAUACAUUAAAAACUGUUUACAUCCCGCUUUCCCAGACGUGGUUAGAUGGUAUCUAAACACUAA